CAUUGAGCGCGCUCGCGAGAGAGGAAAGGCGAGGAAGAAAUCGAUUAGGUUCUUCGGUGGCGAGAGAGAUCCGGUAGCUCUCGCUUUGGAUCGUUGGUCAAGGUUGUGAAGUGGUCGAAGGGAGUUUAUGUGCAUUCUUCCUGUUGGUUUUGGUCCGUCUGUGUGGUGGAGUGUAUCGUCUGUGCUCUGCAUUUUUUAGGAGCCAGGUCUAUCUUGAUCCACCGCUGGAAAUUCUUUGAUCCGCGAUUGCGCUGCCUCGAGGCAUCGCUCGCGCCAGUUUUGCUUUUUGCAUAUAUCUUUCUUUUCCCUCCUGGGAUUGUUUGACAGACCCCGGGGUUUUGCGUUUCGAUUUUGUGCAUAGUCGCGUCGAGAGGGAUAAAGCUUCCAAGAAAAUCGAAAAAAGAAAACAUUUCGCCUUCGUGAGAUUGAUAGUGAGUCUGAGAUCGAUUUCGAUCGAAUCGAUCCAAGUCUAGUAUUCUAGUGUGCAUAAACUCGCUCGUCCCAAUCCCAAUUUUGCUGUGUUGUAUAUUUUGCUUUGUUCUUAACAUCAUGGGGAAGUGUUCUAGCAAAGAACGUGUUGGAAAAGCAAUGGUCUCCAAGAUCAAUGCCGUCCAGAAAUCUUCGGGGGCUUCGAGCUCGAAUGACAACAACAACAACAACAACAACAACAACAAAUCCAACACAAAGCCUCAGUCCAUUCCAAGCUCGAGUGGUAGCACCAGGGUCCAGGACAACAAUUCUCCCAAGAAUGUUGGGGUGGUGGUGCCACCAAUCUCCAUCCCUGCCCCUCCCGCCCCGGCUGUAGGCUCAAAUAUCCAACGAGGAGGCCCCGGCUCGGUGUCGGACAGAUUCCACGAUGCACAAGAAGAACUCCCCGACUUCCCCACGCUCGACGCCCAAGGCAACGUCCCACCCGAGGAGCACCCAACUCCAAAGAUGGGCUCCUCUUACAAGCAGCCAUCCUCGUCGUCCCCAGCGUCGUCUCCCCAGGAAGUGAAAAAGAUCCAUUCCUACGCAUACGUGGUGGCCCAAGCGCCACCAUCCGCAAGUAAGUUGAGCUCGAGUUCUUCGUGUCCAGGUAAGUCGUCUAACCUCGAGGUCCUUAGCAGUAGUAAUAGUAGCGCUGGUAGUUUCGGUAGAAGCCAAAGCCUUGAGACGUCUAGUAGAGCUAGCGAGACAAAGUUUUCUCACACAACCACCAGAACACCAUCGAAAACUCCAGAAACCGUCGUGAAGCCCGAGUUAGUUUCGACUCAAACACCAAGUGCUAAGCCCGAUCCUUACAAAUCCGACUCGAAAUAUGCCAAGCCUGCUUCUACAACCAAGCUAGCUCCUGAAUCAAAAACCAAAAGUGUUGAGACCAUGAAGCCUGCCCCGGACACCAAAGGUAAGCCCAUUAGUAGCAAAGGUAACAAGCCGCCUCCUCCGGUGCAAGAGAAGGCCUCACCGAAAGCCAAGUCUCCGCCUAAGGCCAAGGCUUCCCCGACGCCAGUAAGAGUUACAGAGCCUGCGAUGCAAAACCGCAAAGAAGAGAAAGCUGCCGGCGUUUCUCGUCGUGGCUUUGUUCUCGAGGACUGGGAACUUGUCUCCAAAGCCACUGAAACUCCGGACGACAAACAAAAGGCAUCAAGAACAGCAAAUACAGAGACCACAAAAGCUGGGCCGGAUAGGAAAGCAGUGGAUAGUCUAGGAAAACCAGGUGGCGCGAUCAGGCCUCAAGCGGGAUCUGAUGUAUCAUCAGAGAACCGAGUAGGAAAACAGGCAGCCCCCCCGGAGAUUAUAAAAGAACAGAAGGCCAGGGAGAUCCCAGCGAUGGAGAAACGUUCAUCACAAUCUAAAGCAGCAACAGCAAAAAUAGUCAAAGCUACACCGGAAGUGCAUGUGCCGGGAAGUGAUAACUCCAUGUCGAGCUUCAGUGGACCGUCUGAUUCAUCAAAAGUUGGCGAGGAAAAACAGCAUGCUCAAAAGCGUGAAGCUGCUCAAGUUGGCGCUGGAACGAAGAGAAAUUCGGGACAGGAGGAGCCAGUAAACAUUGCGAAAGAAGUACCAGAUAAUGCUACAAUCAAGGAUGUUACAAGGGAUUUUGACAAGAAAACUCCACAAGGAGCUCAGAACAAACGAAAAGAUGAUACGCCAAAGCAGGAAGCUAAGAUAGAUCAGAUCGGCAUUGGCACAUCGGUAACAACUUUAGGAGAGAUACAAGAGAAACCACAAGCAAUUGCCGCUCUGCCUAAGGAGGAAAAGGCACCUGUUCCCGAUCAGAAGCCACAGGAAGCGCCAAUAUCAGAUACAGUGGCAGAUGCCACAUCCAAAUCAAAUCUUGAUGUGCCUAGGGACAAACCGCAGCACCGGGCGAUAGCUCCAUAUGCGAUAGUGAAGCGGGAAAAUGAUGAUUCGUGCGUGGAGGAACAGCCCGCUGGCAAAUUCACAAUGAAAUUGGAAGACAACGUAGAGAAGCCAGCCGUUUCUGAGCAUGAGCUCAAGCUACCAGACAAUUUUUACGGUGCUCAGACAAUUGCAGCUGCACAGAACGUACAAGUCGCGACUCCAGCAGAAAUGCAAGUGCUAUUGGACAUAUAUCCUGAGGCUGUGCAAAGAAAUGAGGAGCAGACUGCAAGUGACGUUUCCCUGAAGGAUCCAAAAGCCCCUGUACCUUUGGAAUACUUAGCAGGACUAGUCGAACACGUCAUAUGUACCACAACAGAGGAACAUGAAAACGUGACACCGCCCCAAAUAAAGAGAAGUGCGCGUCCCAACCAAGGAAAGGACAACAGAAAAGAAAGAGACGAAACGGUUUCGGGCCUGCCCGUUCCCAAAGUCGUACAAGAAACAUCGAAGGCCGUCGAGUUACAACAAGCCACGCCUUCAGAAGCCAUGCCUGUGGUUAAAAAGAAGGCUGCAAGGGAGGCAAUACCCGAGCCUCCAGCAGCAAUGCCUCCAACCCCGGAAAACAAGGAAAAAGAGAGCCAUGACGCAGCCAAGUUGGCUGUAGAGCAUGCUGAGGCCGAGGAGAGUGAUCCCAAGGCGAUUGUGAAGGAGGGAGAAAAGGUGGCAGACCAGGAAAUUAAGAGGUCCCCGCUGGAUUGCACACACGCGACAGAUUCUGUGGUGAAGGAGACAGCAGCUCCUGCCAGUGACGAUUUUUCUCAGCUAGUGGCACAGGAAAAGAAAGUCAGGGAGCUACUGGUUUCUGAACGUGAGCUCGAGCUGCCUGUCCCAGUAGUCUCGCAGCACGCACAGCAGCACGUCAAGGAGCAGACACAAGCUGUGCCAGAGGAUGCAAAGGAUGCCAAGGAGGUGGAACAAGCCGAGCCAAUAACAGCUCUAGCAGCAAUGCCCGUGGCCAACGAGGUCUUGCCCGCAAAAGACAAACCUGAGAAGGCCAAGGUGGCUGUGGACGACCAGGUGGAGCAUUCUGACACCCAGGAGAGUGCUCCAGAGCUGAUCGUGGAGGAGGAAGAAAAGGUGGCGGAGCCACAGAUUGAGAAAGCCGUGCCGGAUUCCACGCAGGCGAUGGAUCCCAUGGUAGAGGACACACUGGCAGCAGCUGCCAGUCUAGACAUUCCCAAGCAAGUAGCAGAGGAGGUAAUCAAUAUCGAGGAGCCAAAGCAAGUUUCUGAACGUGAGCACCACCUGCUCGUCCCAGUAGAAAAAGUCCCACAGCCCACAGGCAAGGCUGUUAAGGAGCCACAGGCUGUGCCUAAGGCAGUUCCUGAGGCUGCAAAGGAGGUGGAACUGGCCGAGCCACCUGCAGCUCCAGCAGCAAUCCCUGCAGUCAACAAUGUAUUUCCCGCACACAACGAAAUCAAGGUGGAAGAGAGAAUUGAGACGGCCGACGUGGCUGUGGAAGACAAGGAGGAGAAUGCUGACGACAAGGAGAGUGUUCCAGAUGCGAUCGUAAAGGAGGGAGAAAAGUUGGCAGAGCCAGAUAUUGAGAGUCCUGUGCCAGAAUACAUGCAUGCAACGGAACCCGCGCUGGAGACACUGCUAGCAGCCCCAUCAAGAGAAGACAUUCACGAGCAAGUGCCAGAGGAGGAAAUCAAAGUCAAGGAGGCACAACAAGUUUCCAAACGUGAGAUCAAAGAAGAUGUCCAGCAGGCUGCGGACGAGGCUUUCCAAAAGAAAGGCGAUGAGCCUGAGCCUGAGGCCGUGCCUGAGAAACCUGACGAGGCUGCUAAGAAGGUGGAACUGGCUGAGCCAGUCGCAGCUCCAGCAGCAACGUCCGCGGUGAAUGACGUCUUGCCCACACAGCACGAAAUCAAGGAGGAAGAGAGCAUAGAGCCAGCUGCUCUGCACGACCAGGUGGAGAAUGGUGAGGCCGGGGAGAGUGCUCCAGACGCGAUCGUGGAGGAGCCAGGGAUCGAGAGUGCUCUGCUGGAUUCCAUGCAUGCGGCAGAUCCCGUUCUGGAGGACACACACGCAGCAGCUCCUGCCAGUGAACACAUUAACAGGCAAGUGGAAUACGAGGAAAUCAAAGUCGAGAAGCCACAACAACAUUCCAAACGCAAGGUGAAGCUGCCCGUCCCAGUAGAAGAACUCCCACACACAACGAACAAAGCCGUCCAGGAGCCAGAGGCUGUUCCAAAGCCAGAGGCCGUGCCUGAGGCUGCUGAAGAGGCUGCCAAGGAGGUGGAACCGGCCGAGCCAGUCGUAGCUCAAGUACCAACUGCCACAGUGGAUGACGUCUUACCCACACACGAAGAAAUCAAGGAGGAAGAGAGCAUAGAGCCGGCCAAGGUGGCUGUGGAUGACCAGGUGGAGAAUUUCAAGCCCAGGGAGAGUGCUUCAGUCGCGAUCCUGCAGGAGGGAGAAAAGUUGGCGGUGCCAGAGAUCGAGAGUGCUGCUCCAGAUUCCAUCCAUGUGACAGAUACCACAGUGGAUGACACACAGCGAGCAUCUCCUGCCAGUGAGGACAUUCACGACAACGUGGAAGAGGAGCAAACCAAAGUCGAGGUGAUGCAUGAAGUUUCCGAACGCGAGGUUGAGCUUGCUGUCCCAGUAGAAGAACUCCCACCGUCAGGGAACGAAGAAGUCCAGGAGCCACAGCCUGUGCUUGACGCCGUUCCCGAGACAGAGGCCGUGCCUGAGGCUUCUGAAGAGGAUGCCAAAGAGGUGCAACCAGCCGAGCCAGUUGUAGCUCAAGUACCAACCGCGAAAGUGCAUGACGUCUUACCCGCACACGAGGAAAUCAAGGAGGAAGAGAGCAUAGAGCCGGCCAAGGUGGCUGUGGAUGACCAGGUGGAGAAUGUCGAGCCCAGGGAGAGUGCUUCAGUCGCGAUCCUGCAGGAGGGAGAAAAGUUGGCGGUGCCAGAGAUCGAGAGUGGUGCACUGGAUUCCAUGCAUGCGACAGAUGCCACAGUGGACGACACACAGCGAGCACCUCCUGCCAGUGAGGACAUUCACGAGAACGUGGAAGAGGAGCAAACAAAAGUCCAGGUGCCACAUGAAGUUUCCGAACGCGAGGUCGAGCUUGCUGUCCCGGUAAAAGAACUCCCAGAGUCGGGGAAUGAAGAAGUCCAGGACCCACAGCCUGUGCUUGAGGCCGUUCCCGAGCUUGAGGCCGUGCCUGAGGCUGCUGAAGAGGCUGUCAAGGAGGUGGAACCGGCCGAGCCAGUCGUAGCUCAAGUACCAACUACCACAGUGGAUGACGUUUUACCCACACACGAGGAAAUCAAGGAGGAAGAGAGCAUAGAGCCGGCCAAGGUGGCUGUGGAUGACCAGGUGGAGAAUGUCGAGCCCAGGGAGAGUGCUUCAGUCGCGAUCCUGCAGGAGGGAGAAAAGUUGGCAGUGCCAGAGAUCGAGAGUGGUGCACCGGAUUCCAUGCAUGCGACAGAUGCCACAGUGGACGACACACAGCGAGCACCUCCUGCCAGUGAGGACAUUCACGACAACGUGGAAGAGGAGCAAAGCAAAGUCGAGGUGCAGCAUGAAGUUUCCGAACGCGAGGUCGAGCUUGCUGUCCCAGUAGAAGAACUCCCACAGUCGGGGAACGAAGAAGUCCAGGACCCACAGCCUGUGCUUGAGGCCGUUCCCGAGCUUGAGGCCGUGCCUGAGGCUGCUGAAGAGGCUGUCAAGGAGGGGGAACCGGCCGAGCCAGUCGUAGCUCAAGUACCAACUACCACAGUGGAUGACGUUUUACCCACACACGAGGAAAUCAAGGAGGAAGAGAGCAUAGAGCCGGCCAAGGUGGCUGUGGAUGACCACGUGGAGAAUGUCGAGCCCAGGGAGAGUGCUUCAGUAGCGAUCCUGCAGGAGGGAGAAAAGUUGGCGGUGCCAGAGAUCGAGAGUGGUGCUCCAGAUUCCAUCCAUGUGACAGAUGCCACAGUGGACGACACACAGCGAGCAUCUCCUGCCAGUGAGGACAUUCACGACAACGUGGAAGAGGAGCAAAGCAAAGUCGAGGUGCAGCAUGAAGUUUCCGAACGCAAGGUCGAGCUUGCCGUCCCAGUAGAAGAACUCCCACAGUCAGGGAACGAAGAAGUCCAGCAGCCACAGCCUGUGCUUGAGGCCGUUCCCGAGACAGAGGCCGUGCCUGAGGCUUCUGAAGAGGCUGCCAAAGAGGUGCAACCAGCCGAGCCAGUUGUAGCUCAAGUACCAACCGCGAAAGUGGAUGACGUCUUACCCGCACACGAGGAAAUCAAGGAGGAAGAGAGCAUAGAGCCGGCCAAGGUGGCUGUGGAUGACCAGGUGGAGAAUGUCGAGCCCAGGGAGAGUGCUUCAGUCGCGAUCCUGCAGGAGGGAGAAAAGUUGGCAGUGCCAGAGAUCGAGAGUGGUGCACCGGAUUCCAUGCAUGCGACAGAUGCCACAGUGGACGACACACAGCGAGCACCUCCUGCCAGUGAGGACAUUCACGAGAACGUGGAAGAGGAGCAAAGCAAAGUCGAGGUGCAGCAUGAAGUUUCCGAAUGCGAGGUCGAGCUUGCUGUCCCAGUAGAAGAACUCCCACCGUCAGGGAACGAAGAAGUCCAGGAGCCACAGCCUGUGCUUGAGGCCGUUCCCGAGACAGAGGCCGUGCCUGAGGCUUCUGAAGAGGAUGCCAAAGAGGUGCAACCAGCCGAGCCAAUUGUAGCUCAAGUACCAACUGCGAAAGUGGAUGACGUCUUACCCGCACACGAGGAAAUCAAGGAGGAAGAGAGCAUAGAGCCGGCCAAGGUGGCUGUGGAUGACCAGGUGGAGAAUGUCGAGCCCAGGGAGAGUGCUUCAGUCGCGAUCCUGCAGGAGGGAGAAAAGUUGGCGGUGCCAGAGAUCGAGAGUGGUGCACUGGAUUCCAUGCAUGCGACAGAUGCCACAGUGGACGACACACAGCGAGCACCUCCUGCCAGUGAGGACAUUCACGACAACGUGGAAGAGGAGCAAAGCAAAGUCGAGGUGCAGCAUGAAGUUUCCGAACGCGAGGUCGAGCUUGCUGUCCCAGUAGAAGAACUCCCACAGUCGGGGAACGAAGAAGUCCAGGAGCCACAGCCUGUGCUUGAGGCCGUUCCCGAGACAGAGGCCGUGCCUGAGGCUUCUGAAGAGGAUGCCAAAGAGGUGCAACCAGCCGAGCCAGUUGUAGCUCAAGUACCAACCGCGAAAGUGGAUGACGUCUUACCCGCACACGAGGAAAUCAAGGAGGAAGAGAGCAUAGAGCAGGCCAAGGUGGCUGUGGAUGACCAGGUGGAGAAUUUCAAGCCCAGGGAGAGUGCUUCAGUCGCGAUCCUGCAGGAGGGAGAAAAGUUGGCGGUGCCAGAGAUCGAGAGUGCUGCUCCAGAUUCCAUCCAUGUGACAGAUGCCACAGUGGACGACACACAGCGAGCAUCUCCUGCCAGUGAGGACAUUCACGACAACGUGGAAGAGGAGCAAACCAAAGUCGAGGUGCAGCAUGAAGUUUCCGAACGCAAGGUCGAGCUUGCCGUCCCAGUAGAAGAACUCCCACAGUCAGGGAACGAAGAAGUCCAGCAGCCACAGCCUGUGCUUGAGGCCGUUCCCGAGACAGAGGCCGUGCCUGAGGCUUCUGAAGAGGCUGCCAAAGAGGUGCAACCAGCCGAGCCAGUUGUAGCUCAAGUACCAACUGCGAAAGUGGAUGACGUCUUACCCGCACACGAGGAAAUCAAGGAGGAAGAGAGCAUAGAGCCGGCCAAGGUGGCUGUGGAUGACCAGGUGGAGAAUGUCGAGCCCAGGGAGAGUGCUUCAGUCGCGAUCCUGCAGGAGGGAGAAAAGUUGGCAGUGCCAGAGAUCGAGAGUGGUGCACCGGAUUCCAUGCAUGCGACAGAUGCCACAGUGGACGACACACAGCGAGCACCUCCUGCCAGUGAGGACAUUCACGACAACGUGGAAGAGGAGCAAAGCAAAGUCGAGGUGCAGCAUGAAGUUUCCGAACGCGAGGUCGAGCUUGCUGUCCCAGUAGAAGAACUCCCACAGUCGGGGAACGAAGAAGUCCAGGAGCCACAGCCUGUGCUUGAGGCCGUUCCCGAGACAGAGGCCGUGCCUGAGGCUUCUGAAGAGGAUGCCAAAGAGGUGCAACCAGCCGAGCCAGUUGUAGCUCAAGUACCAACCGCGAAAGUGGAUGACGUCUUACCCGCACACGAGGAAAUCAAGGAGGAAGAGAGCAUAGAGCAGGCCAAGGUGGCUGUGGAUGACCAGGUGGAGAAUUUCAAGCCCAGGGAGAGUGCUUCAGUCGCGAUCCUGCAGGAGGGAGAAAAGUUGGCGGUGCCAGAGAUCGAGAGUGCUGCUCCAGAUUCCAUCCAUGUGACAGAUGCCACAGUGGACGACACACAGCGAGCAUCUCCUGCCAGUGAGGACAUUCACGACAACGUGGAAGAGGAGCAAACCAAAGUCGAGGUGCAGCAUGAAGUUUCCGAACGCAAGGUCGAGCUUGCCGUCCCAGUAGAAGAACUCCCACAGUCAGGGAACGAAGAAGUCCAGCAGCCACAGCCUGUGCUUGAGGCCGUUCCCGAGACAGAGGCCGUGCCUGAGGCUGCUGAAGAGGCUGUCAAGGAGGUGGAACCGGCCGAGCCAGUCGUAGCUCAAGUACCAACCGCGAAAGUGGAUGACGUUUUACCCACACACGAGGAAAUCAAGGAGGAAGAGAGCAUAGAGCCGGCCAAGGUGGCUGUGGAUGACCAGGUGGAGAAUGUCGAGCCCAGGGAGAGUGCUUCAGUCGCGAUCCUGCAGGAGGGAGAAAAGUUGGCAGUGCCAGAGAUCGAGAGUGGUGCACCGGAUUCCAUGCAUGCGACAGAUGCCACAGUGGACGACACACAGCGAGCACCUCCUGCCAGUGAGGACAUUCACGACAACGUGGAAGAGGAGCAAAGCAAAGUCGAGGUGCAGCAUGAAGUUUCCGAACGCGAGGUCGAGCUUGCUGUCCCAGUAGAAGAACUCCCACAGUCGGGGAACGAAGAAGUCCAGGACCCACAGCCUGUGCUUGAGGCCGUUCCCGAGCUUGAGGCCGUGCCUGAGGCUGCUGAAGAGGCUGCCAAAGAGGUGCAACCAGCCGAGCCAGUUGUAGCUCAAGUACCAACCGCGAAAGUGGAUGACGUCUUACCCGCACACGAGGAAAUCAAGGAGGAAGAGAGCAUAGAGCCGGCCAAGGUGGCUGUGGAUGACCAGGUGGAGAAUGUCGAGCCCAGGGAGAGUGCUUCAGUCGCGAUCCUGCAGGAGGGAGAAAAGUUGGCAGUGCCAGAGAUCGAGAGUGGUGCACCGGAUUCCAUGCAUGCGACAGAUGCCACAGUGGACGACACACAGCGAGCACCUCCUGCCAGUGAGGACAUUCACGAGAACGUGGAAGAGGAGCAAAGCAAAGUCGAGGUGCAGCAUGAAGUUUCCGAACGCGAGGUCGAGCUUGCUGUCCCAGUAGAAGAACUCCCACCGUCAGGGAACGAAGAAGUCCAGGAGCCACAGCCUGUGCUUGAGGCCGUUCCCGAGACAGAGGCCGUGCCUGAGGCUUCUGAAGAGGAUGCCAAAGAGGUGCAACCAGCCGAGCCAGUUGUAGCUCAAGUACCAACUGCGAAAGUGGAUGACGUCUUACCCGCACACGAGGAAAUCAAGGAGGAAGAGAGCAUAGAGCCGGCCAAGGUGGCUGUGGAUGACCAGGUGGAGAAUGUCGAGCCCAGGGAGAGUGCUUCAGUCGCGAUCCUGCAGGAGGGAGAAAAGUUGGCGGUGCCAGAGAUCGAGAGUGGUGCUCCAGAUUCCAUCCAUGUGACAGAUGCCACAGUGGACGACACACAGCGAGCACCUCCUGCCAGUGAGGACAUUCACGACAACGUGGAAGAGGAGCAAAGCAAAGUCGAGGUGCAGCAUGAAGUUUCCGAACGCGAGGUCGAGCUUGCUGUCCCAGUAGAAGAACUCCCACCGUCAGGGAACGAAGAAGUCCAGCAGCCACAGCCUGUGCUUGAGGCCGUUCCCGAGACAGAGGCCGUGCCUGAGGCUUCUGAAGAGGAUGCCAAAGAGGUGCAACCAGCCGAGCCAGUUGUAGCUCAAGUACCAACCGCGAAAGUGGAUGACGUCUUACCCGCACACGAGGAAAUCAAGGAGGAAGAGAGCAUAGAGCCGGCCAAGGUGGCUGUGGAUGACCAGGUGGAGAAUGUCGAGCCCAGGGAGAGUGCUUUAGUCGCGAUCCUGCAGGAGGGAGAAAAGUUGGCAGUGCCAGAGAUCGAGAGUGCUGCACUGGAUUCCAUGCAUGCGACAGAUGCCACAGUGGACGACACACAGCGAGCAUCUCCUGCCAGUGAGGACAUUCACGACAACGUGGAAGAGGAGCAAACCAAAGUCGAGGUGCAGCAUGAAGUUUCGGAACGCGAGGUUGAGCUUGCUGUCCCAGUAGAAGAACUCCCACCGUCAGGGAACGAAGAAGUCCAGGAGCCACAGCCUGUGCUUGAGGCCGUUCCCGAGACAGAGGCCGUGCCUGAGGCUUCUGAAGAGGAUGCCAAAGAGGUGCAACCAGCCGAGCCAGUUGUAGCUCAAGUACCAACCGCGAAAGUGGAUGACGUCUUACCCGCACACGAGGAAAUCAAGGAGGAAGAGAGCAUAGAGCCGGCCAAGGUGGCUGUGGAUGACCAGGUGGAGAAUGUCGAGCCCAGGGAGAGUGCUUCAGUCGCGAUCCUGGACGAGGGAGAAAAGUUGGCUGUGCCAGAGAUUGAGAGUGCUGCACCGGAUUCCAUGCAUGCAACAGAUGCCACCCUGAAGGACACACAGCGAGCAUCUUCUGCCAGUGAAGACAUUCACGAGAAUGUGGAAGAGGAGCAAACCAACGUCGCAGUGCAACAUGAAGUUUCCCAACGCGAGGUUGAGAUUGCCAUACCAGUAGAGGGAAGCCCGCAGCUCGUGAACGAAGCCGUCCAGGAGCCACAGCCUGUGCCUGAGGCCGUUCCCGAGCAUGAGGCCGUGCCUGAAGCUGCCGAAGAGGCUGCCAUGGAGGUGGAACCGGCGGAGCCAGUCGUAGCUCAAGUACCAACUGCCACAGUGGAUGACGUCUUACCCACACACGAGGAAAUCAAUGAGGAAGAGAGCAUAGAGCCGGCCAAGGUGGCUCUGGAUGACAAGGUAGAGAAUGUCGAGCCCCGGGAGAGUGCUUCAGUCGCGAUCCUGGACGAGGGAGAAAAGUUGGCUGUGCCAGAGAUUGAGAGUGCUGCACCGGAUUCCAUGCAUGCAACAGAUGCCACCCUGAAGGACACACAGCGAGCAUCUUCUGCCAGUGAAGACAUUCACGAGAAUGUGGAAGAGGAGCAAACCAACGUCGCAGUGCAACAUGAAGUUUCCGAACGCGAGGUUGAGAUUGCCAUAGCAGUAGAGGGACUCCCGCAGUUGGUGAACGAAGCCGUGCAGGAGCCACAGCCUGUGCCUGAGGCCAUUCCCGAGCAUGAGGCCGUGCCUGAAGCUGCCGAAGAGGCUGCCAUGGAGGUUGAACCGGCGGAGCCAGUCGUAGCUCAAGAACCAACUGCCACAGUGGAUGACGUCUUACCCACACACGAGGAAAUCAAUGAGGAAGAGAGCAUAGAGCCGGCCAAGGUGGCUGUGGAUGACCACGUGGAGAAUGUCAAGCCCAGGGAGAGUGCUUCAGUCGCGAUCCUGGACGAGGGAGAAAAGUUGGCGGUGCCAGAGACUGAGAGUGCUGCACCGGAUUCCAUGCAUGCAACAGAUGCCACCCUGGAGGACACACAGCGAGCAUCUUCUGCCAGUGAAGACAUUCACGAGAAUGUGGAAGAGGAGCAAACCAACGUCGCAGUGCCACAUGAAGUUUCCGAACGCGAGGUUGAGAUUGCCAUACCAGUAGAGGGACUCCCGCAGUUGGUGAACGAAGCCGUGCAGGAGCCACAGCCUGUGCCUGAGGCCGUUCCCGAGCAUGAGGCCGUGCCUGAAGCUGCCAAAGAGGCUGCCAUGGAGGUGGAACCGGCGGAGCCAGUCGUAGCUCAAGUACCAACUGCCACAGUGGAUGACAUCUUACCCGCACACGAGGAAAUCAAGGAGGAAGAGAGCAUAGAGCCGGCCAAGGUGGCUGUGGAUGACCACGUGGAGAAUGUCAAGCCCAGGGAGAGUGCUUCAGUCGCGAUCCUGGACGAGGGAGAAAAGUUGGCGGUGCCAGAGACUGAGAGUGCUGCACCGGAUUCCAUGCAUGCGACAGAUGCCACCUUGGAGGACACACAGCGAGCAUCUUCUGCCAGUGAAGACAUUCACCAGAAUGUGGAAGAGGAGAAAACCAACGUCGCAGUGCCACAUGAAGUUUCCGAACGCGAGGUUGAGAUUCCCGUCCCAGUAGAAGUACUCCUGCAGUCAGGGAACGAAGAAGUCCAGGAGCCACAGCAUGCGCUUGGGACCGUUCCCGAGCCAGAGGCCGUGCCUGAGGCUUCUGAAGAGGCUGCCAACGAGGUGGAGUCGGCCGAGCCAGUCGUAGCUCAAGAACCAACCGCCACAGUGGAUGACAUCUUACCCGCACACGAGGAAAUCAAGGAGAAAGAGAGCAUAGAGCCGGCCAAGGUGGCUCUGGAUGACCACGUGGAGAAUGUCGAGCCCAGGGAGAAUGCUUCAGUCGCGAUCCUGGACGAGGGAGAAAAGUUCGCGGUGCCAGAGAUCGAGAGUGGUGCAGCGGAUUCCAUGCAUGCGACAGAUGCCACAGUGGAGGACACACAGCGAGCAUCUUCUGCCACUGAAGAAAUUCACGAGAACGGGGAAGAGGAGCAAAGCAAUGUCGAAGUGCCACAUGAAGUUUCCGAAGGCAAAUUCGAUCUUGCUGUCCCAGUAGAAGAACUCCCACAGUCGGGGAACGAAGAAGUCCAGGAGCCACAGCUUGUGCUUGAGGCCGUGCCUGAGGCUUCUGAAGAGGCUGUCAAGGAGGUGGAACCGGCCGAGCCAGUCGUAGCUCAAGUACCAACCGCCACAGUGGAUGACAUCUUACCCGCACAUGAGGAAAUCAAGGAGGAAGAGAGCAUAGAGCCGGCCAAGGUGGCUCUGGAUGACAAGGUGGAGAAUGUCGAGCCCCGGGAGUGUGCUUUAGUCGCGAUCCUUGACGAGGGAGAAAAGUUGGCGGUGCCAGAGAUUGACAGUGCUGCACCGGAUUCCAUGCAUGCGACAGAUGCCACCGUGGAGGACACACAGCGAGCAUCUUCUGCCAGUGAAGACAUUCACCAGAACGUGGAAGAGGAGAAAACCAACGGUUACGUGCCACAUCAAGUAUCCGAACGCGAGGUUGAGAUUCCGAUCCCAGUAGAAGGACUCCCGCAGUCGGGGAACGAAGACGUCCAGGAGCCAGAGCAUGCGCUUGAGGCCGUUCCCGAGCCGGAGGCCGUGCCUGAGGCUUCUGAAGAGGCUGCCAACGAGGUGGAGUCGGCCGAGCCACUCGUAGCUCAAGUACCAACCGCCACAGUGGAUGACGUCUUACCCGCACACGAGGAAAUCAAGGAGAAAGAGAGCAUAGAGCCGGCCAAGGUGGCUCUGGAUGACCACGUGGAGAAUGUCGAGUCCAGGGAGAGUGCUUCAGUCGGGAUCCUGGACGAGGGAGAAAAGUUGGCGGUGCCAGAGAUUGACAGUGCUGCACCGGAUUCCAUGCAUGCAACAGAUGCCACCCUGGAGGACACACAGCGAGCAUCUUCUGCCAGUGAAGACAUUGACGAGAACGUGGAAGACGAACAAACCAACGUCGAGGUGCCACAUUUAGUUUCCGAACGCAAGGUCAAGCUUGCCGUCCCAGUAGAAGAACUCCCACAGUCAGGGAACGAAGAAGUCCAGGAGCCACAGCCUGUGCUUGAGGCCGUUUCCGAGCUUGAGGCCGUGCCUGAGGCUUCUGAAGAGGCUGUCAAGGAGGUGGAACCGGCCGAGCCAGUCGUAGCUCAAGUACCAACCGCCACAGUGGAUGACAUCUUACCUGCACACGAGGAAAUCAAGGAGGAAGAGAGCAUAGAGCCGGCCAAGGUGGCUCUGGAUGACAAGGUGGAGAAUGUCGAGCCCCGGGAGUGUGCUUCAGUCGCGAUCCUGCAGGAGGGAGAAGAGUUGGCGGUGCCAGAGAUCGAGAGUGGUGCACCGGAUUCCAUGCAUGCGACAGAUGCCACAGUGGAGGACACACAGCGAGCAUCUUCUGCCACUGAAGAAAUUCACGAGAACGGGGAAGAGGAGCAAAGCAAUGUCGAAGUGCCACAUGAAGUUUCCGAAGGGAAAUUCGAUCUUGCUGUCCCAGUAGAAGAACUCCCACAGUCGGGGAACGAAGAAGUCCAGGAGCCACAGCCUGUGCUUGAGGCCGUGCCUGAGGCUUCUGAAGAGGCUGUCAAGGAGGUGGAACCGGCCGAGCCAGUCGUAGCUCAAGUACCAACCGCCACAGUGGAUGACAUCUUACCCGCACAUGAGGAAAUCAAGGAGGAAGAGAGCAUAGAGCCGGCCAAGGUGGCUCUGGAUGACAAGGUGGAGAAUGUCGAGCCCCGGGAGAGUGCUUCAGUCGCGAUCCUGCAGGAGGGAGAAAAGUUGGCGGUGCCAGAGAUUGACAGUGCUGCACCGGAUUCCAUGCAUGCGACAGAUGCCACCGUGGAGGACACACAGCGAGCAUCUUCUGCCAGUGAAGACAUUCACGAGAAUGUGGAAGAGGAGCAAACCAACGUCGCAGUGCUACAUGAAGUUUCCCAACGCGAGGUUGAGAUUGCCAUACCAGUAGAGGGACGCCCGCAGCUCGUGAACGAAGCCGUCCAGGAGCCACAGCCUGUGCCUGAGGCCGUUCCCGAGCAUGAGGACGUGCCUGAAGCUGCCGAAGAGGCUGCCAUGGAGGUGGAACCGGCGGAGCCAGUCGUAGCUCAAGUACCAACUGCCACAGUGGAUGACAUCUUACCCACACACGAGGAAAUCAAGGAGGAAGAGAGCAUAGAGCCGGCCAAGGUGGCUGUGGAUGACCACGUGGAGAAUGUCGAGCCCAGGGAGAGUGCUUCAGUCGCGAUCCUGCAGGAGGGAGAAAAGUCGGCAGUGCCAGAGAUGGAGAGUGGUGCACCGGAUUCCAUGCAUGCAACCGAUGCCACAGUGGACGACACACAGCGAGCACCUCCUGCCAGUGAGGACAUUCACGAGAACGUGGAAGAGGAGCAAAGCAAAGUCGAGGUGCAGCAUGAAGUUUCCGAACGCGAGGUCGAGCUCGCUGUCCCAGUAGAAGAACUCCCACAGUCGGGGAACAAAGAAGUCCAGGAGCCACAGCAUGUGCUUGAGGCCGUUCCCGAGACAGAGGCCGUGCCUGACGCUGCUGAAGAGGCGGCCAAGGAGGUGCAACCGGCCGAGCCAGUUGUAGCUCAAGUACCAACCGCGACAGUGGAUGACGUCUUACCCGCACACGAGGAAAUCAAGGAGGAAGAGAGCAUAGAGCCGGCCAAGGUGGCUGUGGAAGACCACGUGGAGAAUGUCGAGCCCAGGGAGAGUGCUUCAGUCGCGAUCCUGCAAGAGGGAGAAAAGUUGGCAGUGCCAGAGAUGGAGAGUGGUGCACCGGAUUCCAUGCAUGCAACAGAUGCCACAGUGGACGACACACAGCGAGCACCUCCUGCCAGUGACGACAUUCACGAGAACGUGGAGGAGGAGCAAAGCAAAGUCGAGGUGCAGCAUGAAGUUUCCGAACGCGAGGUCGUGCUUGCUGUCCCAGUAGAAAAACUCCCACAGUCGGGGAACAAAGAAGUCCAGGAGCCACAGAAUGUGCUUGAGGCCGUUUUCGAGACAGAGGCCGUGCCUGAGGCUUCUGAAGAGGCUGCCAAAGAGGUGCAACCAGCCGAGCCAGUCGUAGCUCAAGUACCAACCGCCACAGUGGAUGACAUCUUACCCACACACGAAGAAAUCAAGGAGGAAGAGAGCAUAGAGCCGGCCAAGGUGGCUCUGGAUGACAAGGUACAGAAGGUCGAGCCCCGGGAGAGUGCUUCAGUCGCGAUCCUGGACGAGGGAGAAAAGUUGGCGGUGCCAGAGAUUGACAGUGCUGCACCGGAUUCCAUGCAUGCAACAGAUGCCACCCUGGUGGACACACAGCGAGCAUCUUCUGCCAGUGAAGACAUUCACGAGAAUGUGGAAGAGGAGCAAACCAACGUCGCAGUGCUACAUGAAGUUUCCCAACGCGAGGUUGAGAUUGCCAUACCAGUAGAGGGACGCCCGCAGCUCGUGAACGAAGCCGUCCAGGAGCCACAGCCUGUGCCUGAGGCCGUUCCCGAGCAUGAGGACGUGCCUGAAGCUGCCGAAGAGGCUGCCAUGGAGGUGGAACCGGCGGAGCCAGUCGUAGCUCAAGUACCAACUGCCACAGUGGAUGACAUCUUACCCGCACACGAGGAAAUCAAGGAGGAAGAGAGCAUAGAGCCGGCCAAGGUGGCUGUGGAUGACCACGUGGAUAAUGUCAAGCCCAGGGAGAGUGCUUCAGUCGCGAUCCUGGACGAGGGAGAAAAGUUGGCGGUCCCAGAGAUCGAGAGUGCUGCACCGGAUUCCAUGCAUGCAACAGAUGCCACCCUGGAGGACACACAGCGAGCAUCUUCUGCCAGUGAAGACAUUCACGAGAAUGUGGAAGAGGAGCAAACCAACGUCGCAGUGGAACAUGAAGUUUCCGAACGCGAGGUUGAGAUUGCCAUACUAGUAGAGGGACUCCCGCAGUUGGUGAACGAAGCCGUGCAGGAGCCACAGCCUGUGCCUGAGGCCGUUCCCGAGCAUGAGGCGGAGCCUGAAGCUGCCGAAGAGGCUGCCAUGGAGGUUGAACCGGCGGAGCCAGUCGUAGCUCAAGAACCAACUGCCACAGUGGAUGACGUCUUACCCACACACGAGGAAAUCAAUGAGGAAGAGAGCAUAGAGCCGGCCAAGGUGGCUGUGGAUGACCACGUGGAGAAUGUCAAGCCCAGGGAGAGUGCUUCAGUCGCGAUCCUGGACGAGGGAGAAAAGUUGGCGGUGCCAGAGAUUGAGAGUGCUGCACCGGAUUCCAUGCAUGCAACAGAUGCCACCCUGGAGGACACACAGCGAGCAUCUUCUGCCAGUGAAGACAUUCACGAGAAUGUGGAAGAGGAGCAAACCAACGUCGCAGUGCCACAUGAAGUUUCCGAACGCGAGGUUGAGAUUGCCAUACCAGUAGAGGGACUCCCGCAGUUGGUGAACGAAGCCGUGCAGGAGCCACAGCCUGUGCCUGAGGCCGUUCCCGAGCAUGAGGCCGUGCCUGAAGCUGCCAAAGAGGCUGCCAUGGAGGUGGAACCGGCGGAGCCAGUCGUAGCUCAAGUACCAACUGCCACAGUGGAUGACAUCUUACCCACACACGAGGAAAUCAAUGAGGAAGAGAGCAUAGAGCCGGCCAAGGUGGCUGUGGAUGUCCACGUGGAGAAUGUCAAGCCCAGGGAGAGUGCUUCAGUCGCGAUCCUGGACGAGGGAGAAAAGUUGGCGGUGCCAGAGAUUGACAGUGCUGCACCGGAUUCCAUGCAUGCAACAGAUGCCACCCUGGAGGACACACAGCGAGCAUCUUCUGCCAGUGAAGACAUUCACGAGAAUGUGGAAGAGGAGCAAACCAACGUCGCAGUGCAACAUGAAGUUUCCCAACGCGAGGUUGAGAUUGCCAUACCAGUAGAGGGAAGCCCGCAGCUCGUGAACGAAGCCGUCCAGGAGCCACAGCCUGUGCCUGAGGCCGUUCCCGAGCAUGAGGCCGUGCCUGAAGCUGCCGAAGAGGCUGCCAUGGAGGUGGAACCGGCGGAGCCAGUCGUAGCUCAAGUACCAACUGCCACAGUGGAUGACGUCUUACCCACACACGAGGAAAUCAAUGAGGAAGAGAGCAUAGAGCCGGCCAAGGUGGCUGUGGAUGACCACGUGGAGAAUGUCAAGCCCAGGGAGAGUGCUUCAGUCGCGAUCCUGGACGAGGGAGAAAAGUUGGCGGUGCCAGAGAUUGAGAGUGCUGCACCGGAUUCCAUGCAUGCGACAGAUGCCACCUUGGAGGACACACAGCGAGCAUCUUCUGCCAGUGAAGACAUUCACGAGAAUGUGGAAGAGGAGCAAACCAACGUCGCAGUGCCACAUGAAGUUUCCGAACGCGAGGUUGAGAUUCCCGUCCCAGUAGAAGUACUCCUGCAGUCAGGGAACGAAGAAGUCCAGGAGCCACAGCAUGCGCUUGGGACCGUUCCCGAGCCAGAGGCCGUGCCUGAGGCUUCUGAAGAGGCUGCCAACGAGGUGGAGUCGGCCGAGCCACUCGUAGCUCAAGAACCAACCGCCACAGUGGAUGACAUCUUACCCGCACACGAGGAAAUCAAGGAGAAAGAGAGCAUAGAGCCGGCCAAGGUGGCUCUGGAUGACCACGUGGAGAAUGUCGAGUCCAGGGAGAGUGCUUCAGUCGCGAUCCUGGACGAGGGAGAAAAGUUGGCGGUGCCAGAGAUUGACAGUGCUGCACCGGAUUCCAUGCAUGCAACAGAUGCCACCCUGGAGGACACACAGCGAGCAUCUUCUGCCAGUGAAGACGUUCACGAGAACGUGGAAGAGGAGCAAGCGAACGUCGCGGUGCCACAUCAAGUUUCCGAACGAGAGCUUGAGAUUGCCGUCCCAGUAGAAGGACUCCCACAGUUGGUGAACGAAGAAGUCCAGCAGCCACAGCCUGUGCUUGAGGCCGUUCCCGAGACAGAGGCCGUGCCUGAGGCUUCUGAAGAGGCUGCCAAAGAGGUGCAACCAGCCGAGCCACUUGUAGCUCAAGUACCAACCGCGAAAGUGGAUGACAUCUUACCCACACACGAGGAAAUCAAGGAGGAAGAGAGCAUAGAGCCGGCCAAGGUGGCUGUGGAUGACCACGUGGAGAAUGUCGAGCCCAGGGAGAGUGCUUCAGUCGCGAUCCUGCAGGAGGGAGAAAAGUUGGCGGUGCCAGAGAUUGAGAGUGCUGCACCGGAUUCCAUGCAUGCGACAGAUGCCACCCUGGAGGACACACAGCGAGCAUCUUCUGCCAGUGAAGACAUUGACGAGAACGUGGAAGAGGAGCAAACCAACGUUGACGUGCCACAUCCAGUAUCCGAACGCGAGCUUGAGAUUCCCAUUCCAGUAGAAGGACUCCCGCAGUUGGGGAACAUAGAAGUCCAGGAGCCAGAGCAUGCGCUAGAGGCCGUUCUCGAGCUAGGGGCCGUGCCUGAGGCUUCUGAAGAGGCUCCCAAGGAGGUGGAACCGGCCGAGCCAGUCGUAGCUCAAGUACCAACUGCCACAGUCGAUGAUGUCUUACCUGGACACGAGGAAAUCAAGGAGGAAGAGAGCAUAGAGCCGGCCAAGGUGGCUCUGGAUGACCAGGUGGAGAAUGUCGAGCCCAGGGAGAGUGCUUCAGUCGCGAUCCUGGAUGAGGGAGAAAAGUUGGCGGUGCCAGAGAUCGAGAGUGCUGCACCGGAUUCCAUGCAUGCGACAGAUGCCACCCUGGAGGACACACAGCGAGCAUCUUCUGCCAGUGAAGACAUUGACGAGAACGUGGAAGAGGAGCAAACCAACGUUGACGUGCCACAUCCAGUAUCCGAACGCGAGCUUGAGAUUCCCAUUCCAGUAGAAGGACUCCCGCAGUUGGGCAACAAAGAAGUCCAGGAGCCAGAGCAUGCGCUAGAGGCCGUUCUCGAGCUAGAGGCCGUGCCUGAGGCUUCUGAAGAGGCUCCCAAGGAGGUGGAACCGGCCGAGCCAGUCGUAGCUCAAGUACCAACUGCCACAGUCGAUGACGUCUUACCCGGACACGAGGAAAUCAAGGAGGAAGGGAGCAUAGAGCCGGCCAAGGUGGCUGUGGAUGACCAAGUGGAGAAUGUCGAGCGCAGGGAGAGUGCUUCAGUCGCAAUCCCGGACGAGGGAGAAAAGUUGGCAGUGCCAGAGAUGGAGAGUGGUGCACCGGAUUCCGUGCAUGCGACAGAUGGCACAGUGGAGGAGUCACAGCGAGCAUCUCCUGCCAGUGAGGGCAUUCACGAAAACGUGGAAGAGGAGCAAACCAAAGUCGAGGUGCCAGAUGAAGUUUCCAAACGUGAGGUCAAGCUUUCCGUCCCAGUAGAAGAACUCCUGCAGUCAGGGAACGAAGCCGUCCAGGAGCCACAGCCUGUGCUUGAGGCCGUUUCCGAGCUUGAGGCCGUGCCUGAGGCUUCUGAAGAGGCUGUCAAGGAGGUGGAACCGGCCGAGCCAGUCGUAGCUCAAGUACCAACCGCCACAGUGGAUGACAUCUUACCUGCACACGAGGAAAUCAAGGAGGAAGAGAGCAUAGAGCCGGCCAAGGUGGCUCUGGAUGACAAGGUGGAGAAUGUCGAGCCCCGGGAGUGUGCUUCAGUCGCGAUCCUGCAGGAGGGAGAAGAGUUGGCGGUGCCAGAGAUCGAGAGUGGUGCACCGGAUUCCAUGCAUGCGACAGAUGCCACAGUGGAGGACACACAGCGAGCAUCUUCUGCCACUGAAGAAAUUCACGAGAACGGGGAAGAGGAGCAAAGCAAUGUCGAAGUGCCACAUGAAGUUUCCGAAGGGAAAUUCGAUCUUGCUGUCCCCGUAGAAGAACUCCCACAGUCGGGGAACGAAGAAGUCCAGGAGCCACAGCCUGUGCUUGAGGCCGUGCCUGAGGCUUCUGAAGAGGCUGUCAAGGAGGUGGAACCGGCCGAGCCAGUCGUAGCUCAAGUACCAACCGCCACAGUGGAUGACAUCUUACCCGCACAUGAGGAAAUCAAGGAGGAAGAGAGCAUAGAGCCGGCCAAGGUGGCUCUGGAUGACAAGGUGGAGAAUGUCGAGCCCCGGGAGUGUGCUUCAGUCGCGAUCCUGCAGGAGGGAGAAGAGUUGGCGGUGCCAGAGAUCGAGAGUGGGUCACCGGAUUCCAUGCAUGCGACAGAUGCCACCGUGGAGGACACACAGCGAGCAUCUUCUGCCAGUGAAGACAUUCACCAGAACGUGGAAGAGGAGAAAACCAACGGUUACGUGCCACAUCAAGUAUCCGAACGCGAGGUUGAGAUUGCCAUCCCAGUAGAAGGACUCCCGCAGUCGGGGAACGAAGACGUCCAGGAGCCAGAACAUGCGCUUGAGGCCGUUCAGGCUUCUGAAGAGGCUGCCAACGAGGUGGAGUCGGCCGAGCCACUCGUAGCUCAAGUACCAACCGCCACAGUGGAUGACGUCUUACCCGCACACGAGGAAAUCAAGGAGAAAGAGAGCAUAGAGCCGGCCAAGGUGGCUCUGGAUGACCACGUGGAGAAUGUCGAGUCCAGGGAGAGUGCUUCAGUCGCGAUCCUGGACGAGGGAGAAAAGUUGGCGGUGCCAGAGAUUGACAGUGCUGCACCGGAUUCCAUGCAUGCAACAGAUGCCACCCUGGAGGACACACAGCGAGCAUCUUCUGCCAGUGAAGACGUUCACGAGAACGUGGAAGAGGAGCAAGCGAACGUCGCGGUGCCACAUCAAGUUUCCGAACGAGAGCUUGAGAUUGCCGUCCCAGUAGAAGGACUCCCACAGUUGGUGAACGAAGAAGUCCAGCAGCCACAGCCUGUGCUUGAGGCCGUUCCCGAGACAGAGGCCGUGCCUGAGGCUUCUGAAGAGGCUGCCAAAGAGGUGCAACCAGCCGAGCCACUUGUAGCUCAAGUACCAACCGCGAAAGUGGAUGACAUCUUACCCACACACGAGGAAAUCAAGGAGGAAGAGAGCAUAGAGCCGGCCAAGGUGGCUGUGGAUGACCACGUGGAGAAUGUCGAGCCCAGGGAGAGUGCUUCAGUCGCGAUCCUGCAGGAGGGAGAAAAGUUGGCGGUGCCAGAGAUCGAGAGUGCUGCACCGGAUUCCAUGCAUGCGACAGAUGCCACCCUGGAGGACACACAGCGAGCAUCUUCUGCCAGUGAAGACAUUGACGAGAACGUGGAAGAGGAGCAAACCAACGUUGACGUGCCACAUCCAGUAUCCGAACGCGAGCUUGAGAUUCCCAUUCCAGUAGAAGGACUCCCGCAGUUGGGCAACAAAGAAGUCCAGGAGCCAGAGCAUGCGCUAGAGGCCGUUCUCGAGCUAGAGGCCGUGCCUGAGGCUUCUGAAGAGGCUCCCAAGGAGGUGGAACCGGCCGAGCCAGUCGUAGCUCAAGUACCAACUGCCACAGUCGAUGACGUCUUACCCGGACACGAGGAAAUCAAGGAGGAAGGGAGCAUAGAGCCGGCCAAGGUGGCUGUGGAUGACCAAGUGGAGAAUGUCGAGCGCAGGGAGAGUGCUUCAGUCGCAAUCCCGGACGAGGGAGAAAAGUUGGCAGUGCCAGAGAUUGAGAGUUGUGCACCGGAUUCCGUGCAUGCGACAGAUGCCACCGUGGAGGACACACAGCGAGCAUCUCCUGCCAGUGAAGACAUUAAUGAGAACGUGGAAGAGGAGCAAACAAAAGUCGAGGUGCCAGAUGAAGUUUCCAAACGUGAGGUCAAGCUUUCCGUCCCAGUAGAAGAACUCCUGCAGUCAGGGAACGAAGCUGUCCAGGAUGCACAGCCUGUGCUUGAGGCCGUUUCCGAGCUUGAGGCCGUGCCUGAGGCUGCUGAAGAGGCUGCCAAGGAGGUGGAACCGGCCGAGGCAGUCGUAGCUCAAGUACCAAUCCGCACAGUGGAUGACGUCUUACCCGCACACAAGGAAAUCAAGGAGGAAGAGAGCAUAGAGCCGGCCAAGGUCGCUGUGGAUGACCAUGUGGAGAAUGUCGAGCCCAGGGAGAGUGCUUCAGUCGCGAUCCUGGACGAGGGAGAAAAGUUGGCGGUGCCAGAGAUCGAGAGUGCUGCACCGGAUUCCAUGCAUGAGACAGAUCGCACAGUGGAAGACACACAGCGAGCAUCUCUUGCCAGUGAAGACAUUCCCGAGCAAGUGGUAGAGGAGGAAGGCAAUGUCGAAGAGCCACAGCAAGUUGAGCUCGAGCUGCCUGUCCAGAAUGUCCCACAGGCUGCAUGGGAGGCUGUUCAGGAGGCUUGGGACGUCCCGAAGCAUGAAUCUGGUAUUCAGGCUUUUGAGCUGGUGGCUGCCGAAAAAGAUGUUGCCUUUUCACCAGCAACGGCCAGCGGCGUUCCUGAUCCGACAGUUGACCCUUCUGGAGGAGGCGGUGGUGGCGGUGGCUUAGACAUGAAAGUGAAGGAUGAAAAUCCAUCUGGGGACUUCAGUGUUGUUGCUGUGACAACAAUGACAUGGGCAGAUGGUAAGGAGCAGGUUUUGGGAGCUGUUGCUGUUCAUCACGUGAAGGUGUUGUCAUCUACUCUAGAUGACGAUUCUUGGGAGGAAGUGGCAGCUUCCGAACAAUAUGAACCAAAUGGUCUUGGGAGCAGUAAUGGUGGGACUCACAAGUUGGAUCUGAACAUCAUUGAGGACUAUGCUGGAGGCAAACAGUUGUAGUGUGAUUGUUUACGAACUUCAUAAUGGCCAUAGCAUUGGCUUUGCUAUUGUGGAAUGCAUUUGAAGUCAUCAAACUGCAAAGUCGGACAAGCCAAUCCAGAUGUGUACCAUUCUCUACUCA